GGCAAGAAGCAAGGGGCAAUCGAACAUACAUUUGAUUUCGACUUUUUUUGUUUUCACUCUAAAGGAACUUACUUACCCCCCACCGCUCCACGAAUCCGAGGCUGCAAGAGAAAUAUUCCGACUGCUAAACUAAUGAGUACUAAGAGGAAAUUGUUCUAUCCCGGUCUAAGAUUACUUUCGUUCAAUGAUGUUCCCGAAAAAUUUUCUGUAUUAAUGAAUGGCCAGGAAAAAUUCGCUGAUUACCUCUCUACACGUGAUUCGAAAAUUAUUUUAUUUUCGUGUCCAUGA